UUCAUUUAAUUUUCAUUAUUUUCAUCAAUUUUCAUAACACCUAUAUAUACAACAUAUUGGGCGCGUCGUCCGGGAUCUCUCGCAGACAGUUUAUGCUUGAAUUAAGGAACAAAUCACUGUUGUAUUAACCAAGGUUUUAUGAUCUAACGUUACCCUGUGACUGUAACGGGUGUAAAGCAAACAAAAAAACGCACUCUGAAGGGAAAUUCCAGAGUAGCAGGGUAUAACAAAGACAAUUGAAGUAAGAUUAUUUGCUCGAGUCAAACUGACCACAUCCUGUGAUACAAGUGUUUUUAUACGUGCUCUGAAGGGAAUACCAGAGUCACAUGAGUCGAACUGAUGCAUUCUGGAUACAACUGUUUUGAUAUGCACUCUGAAGUGAAAUUCCAGAGAUGCUCGUAUUAAGAGUAAUUUUUGAGUGGAUUGCGGGAUAUUGGGAACUUGUACCAAAAAGGUCAGGCCGAUCUGCUACAGAGCAAACAAAUCAGGGAGACACAUGGAAGGUGAGCUGUAUUGAUGACAUUGGGACACUGCUUAAGAACUGGAUAAAAUGGGAGAAAAGCGAACACGAUGUAAAAACAUCAGGAAUAGCUACGCUGAACUCAGACCCUCUCGCACAGACAGACAAACAGAGAUUAUGGGAUGAGGAAAAUUUCGGAAAAGAAACAGGUGGGACUGAUAACCCCGAAGUCAGAGUGAGACAGAAUAUUAAAACUAAAUCACCAGGAGAUUAUGUACUAAUAACGCGAGAAAGGGCGGAGCCGAAGCUCCGAGGCAACUCUCCAGGAAAACGCACACCACGCACAGACGGCCGACACAAACAUCGCGACAGGCACGACGCACCAGACAAAAAUAAAUCAAACACCCCACAAAAACCACCUAAGUAUGAGCCAUGGGGAAAACAGGAGUCACCGGGCAAAGUUGACCCACGUUACAGGCGCAAAAUACACUACAAAAAUCAUGUUAAGCAACGCCACCGUGAUGUUAAUGACUCAUCCGAAUCUGACUCGGAUGACGAUGAUCAACUUUCCGAAUACUCGUUCAGUAGUAACACUCUGAACUUGAUGGACAAAGCUCUCGUCAGAAUUCCCUAUUUUGAUCCACACAAUAAGAACAGGGACAUUCACACUCACAUCGCAACGGUAGAAGCAGAAGCAAUGAUCAGGGGUCUGAGGAAAACGGAUGAAAAAGCGAGUUUGCUGAAACGCAGCUUGCAUGGACAGUCCAUAUCAUGGGUAAAGUCGCUACCAUACGAGGUUCGGAACGAUUUUAAAAAGCUGAGCCUGGCAGUGAUUCGGAAGUUUGGAGAAUAUUUAACACUGUCUGAGGGAUUUAACGCUGCAAAAUCUAUGACCCAGUGUGCAGACGAGGAUCCUCGGGAUUACCUCAUGCGAUUUAAAAGAGCGUACUAUGCGGGCGAUGUGGAUCAGUAUCACGAAGGUGACAAAAGGUUCAAAAUUAUGUUUUUUGGAUCUUUGAGUCCGGAGAUUACAGAAAUUGUGGGAAUGGUCUUGAAUCCAGAGACAGCCUCCUUAGACCACAUAGUGGAUCGGGCACACAUGGCUUGGCUGUACCGGGCUAAAAACAAUGAUUUCACAGCACACAGUGAACGGGACAAGGCAACCAGCCUAUCAGACGAAAAUAAAAAACAUGUGAGGCAUUUGAUGCACGCAGGCCCACAGUGCAGGAAACAAAAAGCACCCACGGAUUACCAACAUAAUUACAUACACGGGUGGUCAAAUAACAAUUACACGAGACAAUGGCACGCAGACCAGGAGCGAUCGCAGCAUGCAGGGACGCGUAUUUGCGAGAAUCGCAACGUGUGGAGACCACGAGCAAAGUCAGACCAGUGCUCAAUUCCACGGCACACAGACCGAGAGCGUUCGCAGCGUGCAGAGACGCGUAUUUGCGACAAUCGCCACGGGUGGAAGCAAAGAGCAGGACCAUAUCUUCACCCAAUGCAGCGGCACACAGCCGGCCAAAAUUACCCACACAGAUGUCGAGAUAACAAUUACGGUCGACAGUGGCACAUAGAGAAUGGGCGGCCACGACACACAAAGACACAUAAUCGCGAGAAUCACGGCGUAUAUAGGCCAAGAGCAGAAUCACGCCGAUUCCCCAUUCCACGAUACACAAGGGGCACACAUGGCUUGGCUGUAACAAAGAGGGUGACAUGGGCACGUGAUAAAUCGCUCACACUGGUUGAGAGGAAAAUGACAGGGAAAGAGGUGUCCGCUGAUCUGAAAAAAAAAUCACAGCCCUUGGAAAAAAUCAAGCAGGCUGGAGGUUACAAACAGAACCAGGAGGGGAACCAUGAUUGUGGAAAACUAAAUGCGCCAUGCACACGCUUUGAUGUGGUGGGGAACGCGAGAGUCGCUCCCGUGGUGAACACACCUAUUGAACAAGGAAAAUUAACCAUGAAGCGUGAUCUAACAGGAAAUGAUAACCAACAGGAUCGGGAGGAGAAACAUGCUUGUUUGGUAAAUGGAAACGCGAUCAAUUGUGUCGCAAAAUUGCGUGAGAGUACAGUAAAAGUGCCAGGGAAACGCGUUACGGAGACAAAAAUCCAUGAUGGAUUGGGGAAUGUGUGGAAAUCCAGCACACGCAAAAACAUGGAAUCGAAUCGAGGCACGGAAUCGGAUCGUGGUACGGAGUCAGCAAAUCUGCACAUGGCUGCGGAGAAGGCAAAUGACCCCAACAGUCGAGCACGGAAACUCGUGUUGUGUACUAAUCCUGGUGGCGCUCGACAUGGCUUCACGCCACAUAAACCCACAGGGAAGGCGAGGGAUAAAAAAAAUUACCGAUACGAACCAAGGAACCGUGCUCAUUUGGCUAAAGCCAUACCGACGAUGAACCAAAACGACGAUGUGAUGAUGUUGCAUGGAAAGGUCACAGGUUACUCGAAAAUACCUGGUCAUGAGAAAAAUUAUUCUGUACUUUUGACCAAACGUGGCAGUAAGGUUGCCAAUAACUUGGUAAACAUUAAACAAAGAGAUGCCAGGAGGGAAACGGUGUACCACCGGGCUCGAAACCGCUAUCCAGUGUUUCCCAGGAACUGAAACAAAAAUCAAAGCAAUAAUUGA